GUUUCUGUUACUCUACUCAGUCAGUUCAGUGGUGAUGGUGGAGUGGUCUGUCGACUGCUAGCACGUAGCAGACGAUCAUUGUUGUUGACCGUGUGGCGUAGUGACUUUGGACUUUUCGAAGAUUCAGACGCUGAGUUCGUGGUUAAAACAUCGUGUUAGACAUCAAAAACCCGUGUAUAGGGUACUCCGUUCGUCUUCAUGAUAUGGAGAUGCUGGUUGGACGAGGUGUUGAAAAGCAUUACUUCAUGACCCUGCAGCGCAUCAGUUGAAGGCAAGAGUGGUCCAAACCCUUGUCCUGUUGGCCUAGUGAUAAAGGACAUGGGGAGGCCUAUGGUAACGAUCUCGCUUGGAAUCGAACCACCAGCCUUCAGAUUUGAAGGUGUAUGAGCCGGCAGUCUGUAUGGCAGAGCAUGCGCCAUGGUGAAGACGUUUCAGGCGUACUUGCCCCAUUGCCACAGAACUUACUCUUGUAUUCACUGUCGAGCUCAUCUCGCAAACCACGACGAGCUCAUCUCGAAAUCCUUUCAAGGGAGUCAAGGGAGAGCUUAUCUCUUCAAUAGUGUAGUCAACGUAGGUUGCGGACCUGCAGAAGAGAGAGUGUUGCUCACAGGUCUACAUGCAGUCGCUGACAUCUACUGCGAAUGCUGUAAGACUACUCUCGGCUGGAAAUAUGAACAUGCAUUUGAAUCAAGCCAGAAAUACAAGGAGGGCAAAUAUAUCAUCGAAUUGGCCCACAUGAUAAAAGAGAACGGGUGGGACAACUAGCGGCGCGCAACGCGCUCGUCACCGCGCACCUCACCCGUCUCAUGUCCUCCCUCCCCCGUGACUGGUCACACGCGCAAAUGCCUGUGUUUCUACUGACUGUUAAUGCAGGGUUCUGUGGAAAUGUUUAAGCUUUAAAUGUCCAUAUAUCGUCGACUCGUGUAAUAGUGAGUGCUUAAGUGGGAAGUUGUUGUUUCAAUGUGGAUUCUGUGUUCAAGAAGGUUUAUUUAUAAUGACGGUAACAUUUAGUUUUAUUCUAGAUUAUUUGGUUUAAUUUUGUUCCUUGUACAUUACGAGUCGACAGGUUGGUCUUUAAAUUGAAAGCAUGUGAACGGUAUUUAAUAAUUUAGGGGUAGAAUGUUAAGACUGUGAUAAAAUACUGUGUUUCAUACAUUAGGGCUCCUUUUUGACUUCAAUAAAAUAAAGGGUACAACAUUUUUUUAAAUCAAGAAGACAUUUUCAUUUUUAUUAUGUUGUGUUUUUGAAAUCCUUAACAAAUUUUCUGAUUCAAAACUUAUUUUAAUCUUUAUCCUUUUUCAUACAUUUAGUUUCUUGUUGACCAUUUAAGAUGUUGUCCGCCCCUAUACAUAAUUCCCCAAACAUGUGAUGGGGAACAUCACUACAGGUCAUAACACAUUCAGCAUGGCGUAGUAGGCAAGGCCUACUGUUAUAAAUCCAUGUCUGUUGCUUCAAAGUUGUUUUUGAUUUGCUUUAAACACCAGCGCCGCCCUGUCUGUGUUAAAUACUUACAACCUGUUAUUGUUAAUGUACAAUGCAAAUAUGGCUGUUUUAUACUUGGAAUUUAUUUAGUCAAAAUAACAGAUAUUCUUUGUAAAAUGAUCAUUGUUCAAAUCAAUUUUAGCUCAAGGCAGUGUGCUCACUCGCCCUUAGGUUACUUUCAUAUUAUGUGUUGUUUGCAAAGUGGAAUGUAUAAUUAAGCUCUUUAUUGUAGUAUUAUUACUACUCCAAGGUCGUCAUCAUGAUAUGUAUAUAAUACGGAUAACUUUUGAUUUUAUCAUAAAGUUAACUUAUUUGAUUUUUAGCCGUAAAAGAUACAAUAUCUUGAUACACUCAUCUUUGAUUUUACUUUCAUGAAUAUAGAUACAAAUGCUAUAAAUCAAAACUGUAGGUUUAGUUUAUUUUUUUCAUAUAACCCUACUUAAAUUUAAUUUUUAAGUUUAUUAUAUUAUAUAAUUUGAUUACAUUACUUGCUUCAGGUUUAAUCAUUUUCAUGUUUUGUUUAAGCUGGGUUCUAUUAUUUUUCGUUUGUAAAUUUUCUUAUGCACAUGUUUUUAUAAGUCUAACUUACUCAAGAUGUUUGAGUCCUGAGAAUCAAACUUCAAAAGUCUGAUUGCAUGUAUCUGAAAACUCUUGUUCGUUCUCCCAAGUUUAACAUAAUUGUUAUCGCAUCAAAUUAUAUAUAGUUGUUAUAAUAACCAAGCAUUAAGCAAAAUUAUUUAAAAUAUUUUAAUUUUUUUAUAUACCGUCAUGAGGUUUAACUUGACAUGUUUCAUUACAAUAGUCUUUUAUACAAAACCUGUAAAAACUGUUAUCAAGCAGAUUCAACACACAUUUAUUUUAAAAAAACUAUCAAAGAAACAAUCUGUCAUAAUUUUUAUAAGGAAUAUCACAUUGAUUUUAGUGUUGUUAAAAUAGUAACUAUAAAAUCUUUUGUGUCUUUGAGAGAGAUUCAAUGUAAAUAAAUCUGUCUCAACUAAAAUACGUGUGAAACUGAUGGUCCCAGACCUUAAGGCUUAAAAGUCGUUGGCCAUCAAAUGGCAUAAUUGUACCCCUUACAUUUAGUCUCUCUUGUGAUAUACAGGCAAUAAUACAUAACAAACUCGACUAUUUCAGACCUGCACAUAUAAAGUUUCAAACUUUUAGUGCAUUUAACUUUUCUGAAAUUGACUUGUUUGCAACACAAAUAUGAAUAUUUCCAUUUUACAUUAAAAUUGACAAUAUCUAUUGUAUGUACCGUGUUAUAAAUACUUAAUUCGUAAUUCGUACAUGUAACUAAGUUUCCAUUGAGUGUUAAAUGUUACUAUGUAACUGAGGGACUUUGACCAGUCACGAUGUGUGAGGUGUGCCGCUAUUGUAAGGACUCUCUUGUGGACUUGUGAUACUCUGAUCUCAAUUCUGGUGUGGCGUAAGCAGCAGUAGUUUUUUUCCGAUGUAGUUUUUCCAUGUCGGUCACAUAAUUUUUCAUUUAUGUAAAAGGCCUAACAGACAUUAUAUCUUUACUCGAUUUUAAGUUUCAAAGUUGAUAAAACUGUAAGUGUUAUCCUUACAUUUGUAUAUUGUAUAAAUCUCACAACGUUUUGCCAGUUAUCAGGAAGCUGCCAGUGGUGAUGUUCCCUGGUAGGCAUGACCACUGACAUUUCUUCCCCUUAUUGUACAUAGUUAGAUCGUUCAUCCCUAUAUAUUUUUAUAUCAAAUCAAUUUGUGCUGACACAUCGCCCCCCAAUGUGUGUAUUACAAAACUGUACUUAUAGUUGAAAUUUUUUACCCGAUUUAGUUUUUAUACUUUCUUCUCGUGUGUUAGUUUGAUUCGGCAAAUCCAUUCUAGUCUGAGUUGUAUAUAGGUUUAGUUCGCACGUCAAAAGUUAUUGGCUUUUGCAUUUCUUAUGUUUUGAUAUUUGUAAUCUUUGAUUUUUUUUUACUAUAUAAAAACAUAAAAAACAAAAAAAAUAGUUGUACGAAUGUCAGUAUUUUUGUAACAAACUAAUAUAAAUGAGCGCAAGGGUCAGCAAUUUCAACGAAUUUCACUUCCCAUCUGUGAGGAGCCAGAGUAUGUGUAAGAUGGUGCCUGAAAUGUUAUAUCGGAGGACCAAAUCUGUGUGGUUGCCAGUUGUUUUCACUAUUACUAGAUUACUCUGUGGUUGAGCUUCAUAUUAAAACCAUUAAGACUAAAGAACAAAACAUCCACUCUACACCUCUAGGACCUCCAUUGUGUGCUUAAAUCCCAGCAGAGCUUGCUUAGAGAUUAUACUUUACGGCAAUGCUACAA